AUGAAUUCACCAUCACUCUCGGAGCUGUCUUCGGAGGCUGAAUUCUCAGAUUCGCUAGAAGAUGCUGAGCUGGAUGAAGAAGACUCUGAAGAUGCCGAUGAGGACGACGAUGACUCGGACUUAGAUGAGGACGUAUAUGGUGCGGUUGAAUGCAUUUGGUUAGUUGAAGGCACUAAAUGCACAGGGUCGAGAUAUUGA